AUGAAUUAGAAAUAAACAAGGAAAAGAUUUAACACUGAGGGGUGCAUAAAUAAUGAGGUUGGAUUAGUUUUAUUUUUUUUAGUAGAGUUGAGAAAUUUUUUUAAACCUAUUUAUUGUUUCAAAUAGAUUCUUAGCGUAUUGUUGUUAUUUAGAUUUAAACUUUUGAAUCUUCCUUAAAAAAUUUGUUUCUGGGGAGACAAAUCAAAUUCAUUUAUGUUAUGGCGGAUAAUCAAUUUAAUUUUUUAAUCUUCUAAUGAAAUGACAAGAUUCCAUUCUAGAAUUCGAGGUAUCCUUUUCAAUUCGAAUUAGCCAAGCCACAGGAGGUAAAAAGAGGAGAACAAUAAUAGUGA